AGUUUGUCCACAGAGAUGAGAGUCAUUUAGUUAUUGUUAUUUAGUACAGCGCCGUGGAUUUACAGCUGAGCGGUUCAAUAUCAUGCUAAGUGACUCUAAAAAGUUAGAUUUAUUAAGAGCUAGACCAAGAAGUGUCACAUCUGGAGGUGAAACCCACAGAUAUAGAAACUAUGGUGAAACCAAACAAAUCCGCACAGGUACCACCAGAAAGAUCCCUUACAGAGUUGGAUACAGUUGGAACAAAGGUGGAAGACUCAAGGAGCUGAGGAUAAGGCACCUGGCAAGGAAGUUCCUGAAGAUAUGGAUGCAGAAUACCUUUGGCCGAAUCCUUCCUCAUCAAGCCAAGUCCCACUACGCCAGUGUGGCCCUGCGAAAAGCCUUUAAAGGAUGGAGAGAUGAGUGGUGGGUGUCCAGGAGGGAGUGGAGUCUUACAUUGAGGGCCGACUGUCAUUACAGGUAUUACUUGAAUAACUUGGCAUUCCACAGCUGGAGAAAGUUUACGUCUUCACAGAGGGAAAAGAAGAGCAAAAUCAUAAAUGCUCAGUCAUUUGCUGACAGGCAGCGGCUGCAUCUGGCUUGGGAUAGGUGGGAAAUUUUCAUAGAAAUGAAACGAUUGAAAACCAGAAUGGUUGAAUCAGCUCUUGAGCAGAACAAACUCACAGCUCUGCGAUCAGCGUGGAGUUUGUGGCAGAGCAGGUUGCAGCAGCAUCGAGACAUUCGUACUCUGGAGGACCGAGCCCUGAAAGAGAGGGCGCUGAAUUCACAGAGCAGGGCUUGGCUUCAGUGGAAAGAAAUGCACACAGCAGCUCGUUGCCAAAGAGAGAAAGAAUGCAAAGCUUCACUUCACUUCAUUCUCACUCUAAAAAGAAAAACGUUGCAUCAGUGGAUAAGUUACGUGUCCUGUCGCCAAACCAAGAAACAGUCACAAGCUGUGGCUAAGCGUGCCAUCUUUCUUCACCUGAUGAGGAAGACUUGGAGUAAAUGGAGCAGCGCGUUGCAUCGCAAAUGGGGUGAGGAGGACCGUUUGCAAGCCGCAGGACAUUUGGCCAGACAGAGCACUCAGCGCAGAGCACUGCAGCAUUGGAGAGCUUAUGUGACGUUGUGCAGAGAAGAAGCUGAAAGAAAUCAGAGUGCAAGUCAACACUACCAUUAUCAUCUACUGCGUGCUGGAGUGAAGGCACUGUCUCUGAACGUCUCCUGGAACAAAGAGCAGCGACUGAACAACAACAUGGCUGUCCAACAUUGUCAACAAACUGUGAUAAGUAAGUAUUGGAGGCUGUGGCAGGAGUGUCACGAGGAGGCUGAAGACAAAAGUUUUCAACCACUAACAGACAUGGCCGUGACAACCUACAGCACAUCUCUGUUAAGCAGCUGUUUUUGCCAUUGGAGAGAGAAACUUGCUGAACAGAGACACAUGCAGGAGUUGGAGCAUCGUGCAGAAGUUUGGUUUGCAGAGCGAGUGUUGCCUAGCUGCUUCAACUCAUGGGUUGAGUUUACUCUGCAGAGAAGGCUUCAUAAACAGAGGACACUCAAGGCACAAGUCUAUAAUCAGCAGCGUCAAUACAGCUGGGUGUUUUACACCUGGUGGGGGCAGUCAGAGAAACACAAGGAGGAGAUGCUUUCCGAGCGAAUGGCCAUUCUUCAUGAGGAGCGAGGCCACGUGCAGAGAGCGUGGGAUCACUGGAGGCAACGCACAGAGCAUGCGAUCAACGAGGAGGAGAAACAGAACGCUUCAGACCGUCUGUAUGUGCACAGACUUCUUCACAAGACGGUGACACAGUGGAAGGACAACAGCACUGAGAUACGAGACAGGAGGAACAGAGAGCAGCAGGCUUGUUAUCAGGGUGACCUCUGCUGCAUGAGAUGGGCUGUGGAUAGAUGGAAAAAGUUUGUUCAGAUCCAGAGAAAGAAGAAAAGCAGGCUGGAGCAGAUGCAGCGUUACCAUGAAGCUAAACUUCUCAAACGUGCAUUUGUGGCCUGGAAGAAACACUACCUACAGAUGUCUGAGAUCUACAGUCAUGCAGACGAACUUCACCGACAGCAAACACAGCACUUCCACAGGAAGCUUCUCACUGUGUGGAGGGAGAAUGCAGCACUGCUAGCGGAGGUCCGACUUAUGGAGCAACAAGCACAGAAUCACUUUCAUCACUUUCUUCAACUUAAGGUGUUCCUGACUUGGAGAGAAGAAACAACACAUGCAGUGUCAAAGCGCCACCAGCAGAGGGAGGCACUCAGCAGGGCUCAGAGGUCCAUAAAUCAAGUGCGGCUGCUGCGGUAUUUUCGACAAUGGAGGCAGCAAACCAAAGCAGCUCGGAGGGAGAGGAUGUGUAUGGAUAAAGCUAGAAAACACCAUGACUCCAAACUGCUUUCUAAAGCGCUGAGAGCAUGGAACAAGCAUCGCUAUCAAUGCAUGAAAUAUAAGGUGAUGAAACGACAAGGAAUCUUGUUGCUGAGACUGAAGUUGUGCCAGACCUACUUUGAACUGUGGAAAAUUAAGCUGCAGCACAGACAGAGAGAGUCUAAGCAGACAGAGCGAGCGCUCUGGCACUGGUCCCUCACUCUCCAGGCCAAGGUGUUGCAUGGAUGGAGGUUGUGUGUCACAGAGCAGCGCAGGAAGCAAGAGCAGGUGGCCAGAGCGGCACAGGUCUACAGAGACAAGCUGCUGAGGGAGGGCGUGUCGUGCAUCCUCACAUAUGCCACUCACAUGAACGAUCUCACAACAAGCCUAACGCAACACAGCCAAGAGCAAAGAUCACGACAUAUUCAGAGAGUGGUGAGGCGUUGUGCCAUGCGGUGGAAGGAGAGAGCCCUCGGUAAACCAGGCAGAGGGCGAGAAGUCAGAGAGCAACCGCUGAAAAAGAGUGUGACCUUCUGUCUGCCUGCGUCUGGACUGAACAGAGUUUCUCCAUCUGACUCGGUGGGGCUAGAAGCUGAAGAUGGAGCACUUAGCAAGCUACAUUCAAUACGUACGCCGAGAACUCAGCCACUUCGCUAUGAGGAAUUGUUUGGGUCCGCACUGGAAGACACCCAAAAGCAGUCUGUCAUCACCAGCUCUGAAACAGCUCCACAACCCUCAGAGGUCAGUCCUUCACAGAAAGACCACCUUGCAGAGUUGUCCUGCCUCCAUCCUGCUUUAGUGUCUCUCACCUCUUCACAUCGAAGUUCCAUCAUUCCUACUGUGUCACCAUCUGAACCCUACACGUCCGCACUGGACUCCCCUCCAAGAACCCAAAGCCAAGACCUUCUUUUACCACCUUCUGCUUUCAUGACCACUGGGACUCAAAAUACGUUGGGGAAGGCCUGCAGCUCAGCUCCUGGAGAUGCUGCACUUGCAUUCAAACCCCCUUUUAAACAUCCCUCAUCAAUAUUUACAGCAUCCAGUGAAAAAACUGAGAGCGAAAAUGCAGCCAAUGAUCCGAUUUCAUCGCUGACAACAGAACUUCUGAACAUCCAGCUGGACUUGAAGAGUUUCCAACAGGACAGGAAACAGCUCAGGGCAUGGCAAAGACUGAAAGAAGUGUUACAAAGUUGGUUGCAGACCAGUGGAAAGGACGAACAAAUGGAAAAAGAUGCUAUUUGUGAAGAGUUGAAGGAGUUGGAGGAGCGUAUCGAGAGACUGUCCACUGAACUGGCAAAACGGAAACCGACAAUGCUGCUACACACAGAAAGGAUCCAACAUUUACAGACUGUCCUCCACAAUUCAGGAGUUUCUCUUCUCUGUCGGCAAUCAGAAGAGAUGGCAACGGGCCACUCUGUGUUCACAACAUGACGAGAAAGAUUGAAGGUCAUCACAUAAUCCUUAAAUAAUUUGCACCUGCUGAUUGUUUGGACUGUUCAUCUGCACAGAUCACGUUUCUUACAGUAACAUGAAGACUUUGACAACUAAAUGAGAAAUAUUUGCCAUGAGAUCUCUUGUUUUCUUAAGAUUAAACGUUUAUACCUUUACUGCAGUCAGAUUGUAUGGAAACAAUUCAUAUCUUCAUGUUCAGGACGUGGCUUUAAUUAUUAUCAAAUAUUUUUAUAUGACUCAGCCAAUCCAGAAAGAUUAAAGGCAAGUUAAAGCUGCACUAC